AUGGAGGAUGAUGCCGCUGUGUCGGAGGUCUGCAGCAACAGUGUCUGGUUGGCAUCGGUCUACACCAGCUGCAGGCUUUGGGGCAGCACCCUUGGAUGCCACAGCGGCAGCCUGGACCAGGGAACUGCAUGGCCUCUUGACCUCAGGAUUGUGCUGGUGGGGAAGACUGGAGCUGGAAAAAGUGCAACAGGAAACACCAUCCUGGGAAGAGCAGCGUUUGAAAGCAAUGCGUUACCCAAUUCAGUGACUGACAGCUGUGAGAAAAACUGUGAGAAAGUGGAGGGUAGAAACAUUACAGUUAUUGACACACCAGGAAUCUGUGACAGGAACAAGACUGAUGACCAAAUGAGGAAACUGAUGGCCCAGUGCAUCAAACUGUCUCUCCCUGGACCCCAUGUGUUCCUGCUGGUGAUCAGACUGGGAGUGAGAUUCACAGAGGAAGAGGAGAAGGCCUUAAAAUGGAUCCAGGACAACUUUGGAGAAGAUGCCUCACGGUACACAAUUAUACUGUUCACUCAUGUAGAUCAGCUGAAAGGUAUAACUGUAGAGGACUGCUUGAGGCAUGACAGUAUAAAUAGAAUAUAUAACAGUUGUGGAGCAAGGUAUCUGUCAUUUAACAACGAUGACAGGGAAGAUAGAGAGCAGGUCAAACAUCUGUUUGAGAAGAUUGAAAGCAUGUUAAAAGUAAACACAGGAGAGUUUUACACCAAUGACAUGUACGAGGAGGCACAGCGGAAAAUCACUGAAGAGGAGGAGAGAAAG